AUGAGUGACGAAGAAUCAGCUUUCGACGUCCUGUCGGAGGAGUCAGAUUUCGCGCCCAAACCAAAAGCAAAGGCCAAAGUAGUCAAGGCACCACCGAAAGAGAAAGUUCCCAAGAAAGCCACCGUACCCAAGGCAACGAAACCUGCCAAACCCAAACCCACAAUCCCUAAAAAACGCGUUAAGGACGAAGAGAACGAUUCCGACAAUGAGCCUGGUGCUUUUGACGAUGAGUCCCUGCUCAACGACACUCCUCCCAAAGCAAAGAAGCAGAAGAUGACAGCCAAUGCGGUUAAGAGCCCCCACAACAAGCCUCUAGCCGAGUUGGUCCAGGAGAAUAUGGAAGCAUUGGGUGAAUCAUCGAAACAGACUAAGAAGAAGCGAGUCUCGGAACAGUAUCAGAAGCUCACCCAACUUGAGCACAUCAUCAAGCGUCCAGACACUUAUAUUGGCUCCAUUGAGAAGACGGAAAAGCAGACAUGGGUUUACAACAUCGAGACCAGCUCUAUGGAGUAUCGCGAGAUUACUUAUGUCCCUGGUCUCUUCAAGAUCUUCGAUGAGAUCUUGGUCAACGCUGCAGACAACAAACAGAAUGACCCAAACAUGAAAGAGAUCAAGGUUGUGAUAGAUCGCGAAAAGGGCGAGAUCAGCGUUCAGAACGAUGGAAAGGGUAUCCCAGUCGAGAUCCACUCUAAAGAGCAGGUCUAUAUUCCAGAGAUGAUCUUCGGUCAUUUGUUGGCUGGCUCCAACUUUGACGAUAAUCAACAAAAAGUCACUGGUGGUCGAAAUGGUUAUGGUGCAAAGCUCUGCAACAUCUUUUCCACCGAAUUUACUGUCGAAACUUCAGACAAAUCGCACAAGAAGAAGUACAAGCAGACAUGGUCUGACAAUAUGUCGAAUAUGGGCAAGGCAAAAAUUGCUGAUACUACCUCCAAAGAUGACUACACAAAAGUUACCUUCAAGCCCGACUUUGCUAAAUUUGGCCUUGACGGUUUGGACGACGAUCACGUUGCCUUGUUCACACGUCGAGUCUACGAUCUGUGUGGUACUAUGCCUGGUGUCAAAAUUCAUCUUAAUGGCUCGCGAAUUCCUAUAAGCAAUUUCAAAAAAUACAUUGAGCUGUACACGAAAGCCAUCAAGGACGAAAGAGGUGAAGAGGCUCAGCAUGAUCAAUCUGAAAUCAUCACUGAAAAAUGUGGCGAUCGAUGGGAAAUCGGCUUUGCUGUAUCUGACGGCUCUUUCCAACAAGUCUCCUUCGUCAACUCGAUCGCAACCACUGUUGGUGGUACUCACGUCAAUUACAUCGCAGAUCAGAUUACUGGCAAGCUAGCCGACUUUAUGAAGAAGAAAAACAAGACGGGAGCUCAGCUAAAGGCGAACCAAAUUCGAAAUCACAUCUUCAUCUUCGUCAACUGCUUGAUCGUCAACCCAGCCUUUAGCUCUCAAACCAAAGAACAGCUUACCACCAAAGCUAGCCAGUUCGGUAGCAAAUGCGUCGUCUCCGACGAAUUCAUCAAGAAAGUACAGAAAACACAAGUCAUCGAGAACAUCAUGGCUUUCGCAGAGAAGAAAGCUGAUCAGAUACUGAAAAAGUCCGACGGCGCACGUCGCAGCCGCAUACACGACCCAAAGUUGACCGAUGCCAACAAGGCGGGCACGAAAGAUGGCCAUCUAUGCACGUUGAUCCUGACCGAAGGUGAAUCAGCCAAGGGUAUGGCAAUGGCAGGCAGAGCUGUCGUUGGUGCUGAUGUCGUUGGUGUCUUUCCACUACGUGGCAAACUGCUCAACGUGCGUGAUGCAAACCCCGAGCAGGUCUCUAAGAACAAAGAAAUUCAGAAUAUUAAGAACUUCCUUGGUCUGAAACACAAGACGGUGUACACUGAUACCAAAUCUCUCAGAUAUGGCCAUCUCAUGAUAAUGACCGAUCAGGAUCACGAUGGCUCUCACAUCAAGGGUUUGCUUAUCAAUUUCUUGCAAGUGUCUUUCCCUAGCUUGCUCAAGAUUCCAGGCUUUCUGGUCGAAUUUAUCACACCAAUUAUUAAAGUCUGGAAAGGUGACCCGCGAAAUCCUACCAAGGCUAGAGCUUUCUACACUAUGCCCGAGUAUCUCGCCUGGAAGGAGGCUCACAAGCACGAGAAGGGUUGGGAGCACAAAUAUUACAAAGGAUUAGGUACCAGUUCCAUUGAGGAAUCCCAGCAAUAUUUCAAUGACCUCGACAAGCAUCACAAAGACUUCGAAGUCAUGGAAGAUGAGGAAGUCGAGCUCAUUGAAUUGGCAUUCUCGAAAAAGAAGGCCGACGAGCGAAAAGAAUGGUUGAGACAAUUCAGACCUGGUACCUACUUCGACCAUUCGGCCAGAAAGAUUUCCUACACAGACUUCGUUAACAAAGAGCUCAUCCUGUUCUCCAUGGCUGAUAACAUUCGAUCGAUUCCAUCAGUCGUUGACGGUCUCAAACCAACUCAGCGCAAAGUCCUUUAUACUUGCUUCAAACGAAACAUCAAGAAGGACAUGAAGGUAGUCGAACUGGCAGGUCUAGUUUCUGGUCUGACUGCCUAUCAACACGGUGAUGUCUCUUUGCAACAGACCAUCGUAGGUCUGGCUCAAUCGUUUGUCGGCUCGAACAAUGUCAAUACACUCUUUCCAGCAGGUCAAUUUGGUACGCGUUUACAAGGUGGUCAAGAUGCUGCCAGCGCUCGUUACAUCUACACUAGGCUCUCGCCAUUUGCUCGCAAGCUCUUCCAUGCCGCUGAUGAGCCGCUACUGAAGUACAACACGGACGACGACAAACAGAUCGAGCCCGAGACGUACGUGCCUGUUGUUCCUAUGGUCCUCAUCAAUGGCUCUGAUGGUAUUGGUACGGGUUGGAGCUCUUCUAUUCCCAACUAUAGCCCUGAAGAUAUCGUGGACAACCUUCGGCGGAAGAUGAAAGGCGAGGACUUUCAACCGAUGCGACCCUGGUUUCGUGGGUUCAAAGGCGAGGUUACUGAGGCUGGGCCAGACCGCUGGAAGUUCACUGGUGUUGUCACACAGAAGUCUGACCAAGAAGUCGAAAUCACUGAACUGCCAGUCCGAAUGUGGACGCAAGAUUUCAAGGAGAGACUUGAGGAGAUCAUCAAAGCUGAGAAGGUACCCUCCUGGAUCAAAGACUACAAGGACUACAACACCCAUGCGGAUGUGCACUUUGACGUGACACUGGAUGAAAAGCACAUGGAGCAGGCUCUGAAGGAGGGACUAGAAGAGAAGUUCAAAUUGUCCAAGACAAUGGCAACAUCAAAUUUAGUGGCAUUUGACCCAGAGGGUCGCAUCACAAAGUAUGCUUCCGUGGAUGCCAUUAUGGAGGAAUUCUAUGCCUAUAGGCUACGAUUCUAUCAACUUCGAAAAGACCACAUGCUCGAAGACAUGAACAAAGAUCUGAAAAAGCUCAGCAACCAGGCCAGAUUCAUCAAGCUGAUCAUUGAGAACAAACUCGUAAUCUCUCGCAAGAAAAAGUCCGUCCUUAUUGCAGAGCUCAAAAAGCUUGGCUUUGAUGCUUUCCCAAAGAAAGAAGACGCUAGCAAAGCUGGUGAGCUGGAAAAGUUGGUCGACGAGGCCGAAGACGAUGAUAAUGAUCAGAAUGAUGAAACUCUCCAGGCCAGCUCGUAUGAUUACCUCCUUGGUAUGGCUUUAUGGUCCCUGACCCAGGAGCGUGUCGAGCGCCUCGAGAAGCAGAUUGCUGAGAAAGAGCUGGAAAUCAACGAGCUCUUAGAGAAAUCGAGAGAGGACCUCUGGUCUGCUGACCUUGAUGAGUUCAUCACUGAGUGGCGCUUUCAGCUUGAAGAUGAAAAGAAUCGUGCGAAGCAGGUCAGAAAAGGACGACGAGAGUCCAAGAAGUUCGGCGCUGGCAACAAGAGGACAGCCCGUAAAGACGAUGACGAUGAUUUCGCGGUCACGAAGACGAAAGUAUCCAAGAAGCUGGCUGAUUCGAAGCCGAAGAUUGCAAAAGACAAGCAAUCGACUCUCUCUGGCUUUGUCAAGACACAAGCUGAGAAGGUCGAUCGCACAAACAAGGAGUAUGUUCCCUCACCCAAGAAGCCGGCCCUAUUUCAAAACCAUAUGACUGCUUUUAGCAGAUCUCCCCAGGCACUAUCCCGGAAAGUUGACGUGACCAAGCCCGCACGUUCUGAUGAGGAUCCUGGCCUUGAAUCCCUUUCUGGCCCUAUCCAUAUGAAGAAGCUUGCUAAUCCUAUUCGUGGUAGUUCCGAUUUCGAAUCUGAUGCUCCUGCUCCUGCUGUAACAAAGACUAAACCGAUCACAAAGUCGAAUGGCAUUAAGCAUGACUCCGACGAAGACGACCUCGACGAUGUACCAGUAAAGGCUGCCUCGAAGCCUGUUGGUCGUGCAGCUGCGACGAAAAAGAAGACUUAUGCUAUCGAUAGCGAGGACGAAGACGAUAUCAAUGACAUCGUCAAGAAUGCAUCCGAGUCUGAGGUUGAAGCACCAAAACCUAAACCGAAAGCAACUGCGAAGGCUGCUACAACCAAGCCAAUAGCGGUUCCAGUCAAGAAACCAGCGAUUGCAGAUGAUAGUGACAGUGGCAGUGAUGGAGACAGUUUUUUAACAGGACUAGGUACUCUGUUGGGUAAGAACAAAAAAGAAGAUGGUUUCACAGACCCCAAGACAGCUGCGACUACCAAUGGUAUCUCCGUGGACAAGACGUCAAAGGUAGCGACCAAGAGUAAGCCAAGUGUGAAUGGCAACACCAAGAAACGGCAAGAGGACGCUGCAGUCAAGGCCACGAACGUAGUGAAGGCACAGAGUCGUCCUGCACCUCCGGUCCAUGACCUGUCGAUAUUGGAUUCGGACACAGAUAUGCUUGAUACAGAUGCUGCGCCGAAGCCCACGAAAACGAAGGCGAAGAUACUUGACGCUGAGAGCGGCAUCGACCAUUCAGACGCUCCGAUUGACAAUGACGAAGACGAGUCUAUCGUCAAGCCGAAGGCAAAAGCAGGCGCGGCUAAAAAUGCAUCCGCCAAGCAAAAGACUGAACCUUCUGCAAAGGUAAAGCCUGUGAAGUCUGCACCCGUAAAGAAGCCAGCCGCAGCUGCAAAGAAGACCUCAUCUUCUGUUGCUCCGGCUCCAGCAAAGUCGGCACCGGCUGUUCAAUCACCAGCCGCAAAAGCAUAUGCUAAGAAACUCGAGAAAUCGAAGAACAAGAAACUUGACGUGGACGACUCUGACGAGGACAUGAUGGACGCAGAUGGUACGGCAGAUGUCGUUGACGACUUACUAGAUUCUGAUGAGGAUAUUCAACCAAAACCUGCAGCUACCAGACCAAGUCGAAGAGCUGCUGCAGCUCCUAGCAAGGCGAAGAAAUAUGAUUUUGGGGAUGAUGGGGAUGAGGAUGGAGGUGACGGCUUUGGCGUGCAAAGUGAGGAAAGUGAAGCAUUCAGUAUGGAUGAUGAUUGA